CGAGCGAGCGGGGUGGGUGUGCUCGUGCCUGCGCGCUCGUGCCUGGCGUGAACACGGGGACGCGCCUUGCGCGCGCAGGGGAGAGGCCAAGCCAGGCAGCCGUUGUGGGGGUUCGACUGGAGGGGCGGGGGCGUCACCUGCGAGCGGCUGCGCCGGCCGCCCGCCCGCGUGCCUCCCGCGUCUGGAUCGCGCCGGCUGAGCGGGACCGCCGGCCGUCCGCACAUCCCGGGAAGUCGGGACGCGGGGACCGACAGAGUCCGCGGCCGCCGUCCGGAACGAGGACCGGCCGGUUCCUGUGGCCGCCGCUGCCUGCGCCCUGCCGGGCUAUUAGUAGAAGAUGGUGGAUCGUUUGGCAAACAGUGAAGCAAAUACCAGACGGAUAAGUAUAGUGGAAAACUGUUUUGGAGCAGCUGGUCAACCCUUAACUAUACCUGGUCGAGUCCUUAUUGGAGAAGGAGUAUUGACUAAGUUGUGCAGAAAAAAGCCCAAAGCAAGGCAGUUUUUCCUAUUUAAUGAUAUUCUAGUAUAUGGCAAUAUUGUGAUUCAGAAGAAAAAAUACAACAAACAACACAUUAUUCCUCUGGAAAAUGUCACUAUUGAUUCCAUCAAAGAUGAGGGAGACUUAAGGAAUGGGUGGCUUAUUAAAACACCAACUAAAUCAUUUGCAGUUUAUGCUGCCACUGCCACUGAGAAAUCAGAAUGGAUGAGUCAUAUAAAUAAGUGUGUCACUGAUUUGCUGUCCAAAAGUGGGAAGACACCCAGUAAUGAACAUGCUGCUGUUUGGGUUCCUGACUCUGAGGCCACUGUAUGUAUGCGCUGUCAGAAAGCAAAGUUCACGCCUGUUAAUCGUCGCCACCACUGCCGCAAGUGUGGCUUUGUUGUCUGCGGGCCCUGCUCUGAAAAGCGAUUCCUUCUUCCCAGCCAGUCCUCUAAGCCGGUGCGCAUCUGUGACUUCUGCUAUGACCUGCUUUCUACUGGGGACAUGGCCACAUGCCAGCCUGCCAGGUCGGACUCUUACAGUCAGUCAUUGAAGUCUCCUUUGAAUGAUGUAUCUGAUGAUGACGACGACGAUGACAGCAGUGACUAAGGACAUGUUUCGAAAUAUUUAAUCGGGUUUGGCUCUUUGGGGAAUCAGCUUUGAGGAAAAUGUAAAACUCUGAGCUCUCCCUCGAUCUUGCUCUAGCCGAGUUUGCCUGAGAUACUUUUAACCUGUGUGCCUCAAUUCAUUCUAUGAAGUUCCUUCUGCCUUCCUCCGCUCCCCACACUCUUCUACAGGGAUAGACUGUUGCAAAAAAGAGCACAUUAUGGAUUUCUUACUCUUGUUUAUUUCUAUAUUAUUUUCUUGGAAAGUUGGGAAAAGAUGUUUUUUUAAGCAGAUCAUGCAUGAUGUUUUUAUUUCUGUUAUAUGGAAAAAUUAAAAGCACAGAAUGAUGAAAAGAGUAUAAAUGUGGUUAAUAAUAUUAUUAGCUUUUUUUCUAACCAUCUUACCUAGUACUUCAAACGUUGGUAACAAAAUUACAAGAUUUGGAAAUACUUUGGCUUUUUCAUAUACCAAGUGGUGCCUUAUCUCAAUAGCACUGUUACAUGACUGAUUAGCCCCUGUUUUCUCCAUUUUAGAUUUGUUUAAAACUACACUGGUGCUCCUUGAGGUAAUGUGUUAAUAGUUUCAUCAGGAAUACUUCUCAUCUGACAGCUGCAAAGAAACAUUUUUAGAAAUAUCCUCGUACUAUAUGAAUAGAUGUUUUCCAUAAAAUAUUUGUGAUUAUACUUUUGUGGUUUAUACAUUCCAAAUUAUAAUUGUCACAUAUAUUUUAAGGUAAUGAGCUGUCAUUCUUAGAUAUUUGGUUGGAAAUUUAUCAGUAAUACUGAAACGGCUUACUGCAUUAGCGUCUACUUUUAGUAAGGCAUUUUUAGCCAUGAGUUCAUUUGCUUUAACAUUAUUUCUGGAAUGAAAAAAAAAUAUGAAAACCCUGAAAAUAAAUCAUCUCUUAAGAAAAGAUCCCAAGAUAUAAAGCACAGAUGUACUUAGGCUUGGAGACUUGGAAAAAUAGUGUGAAGUGGGUGAGGCAGACCACUUUUCAGCUUGCCUAGACUUGAUAUCUGUGCAAGUAUUAUCUAUUUCAGUGUGAAACUUUUGAAUUUACAAAUGUAGUAUUAUAUUUUAUAAAGUUUUGUAAAAAUUCAAGCAAUAUUUCUAUUUUUGUAAACAUUGUAUGUUAAAUCUGUUUCUGAAAUCAUUUUGCCAUCUAUUGAAAUAGAGUAUCAACCAAAAUUUCUAAAUUGGGAACUUUCGUCGAUUUAGAUUGUUUUUAAUGGUAAUUUUUCCCUUUAUGCUUUUGAGGCAGUCAUUAGGUUGAGAAUAUACUAAUCAUACGAAACUUGAUGCAUUUUGCACUACUCUCUUCAUUUGUAUGCUGCAAAUAACUAGUUUUUCCAUAUGGUAAAUCAGAAAUCUAAAGUUUGUUUUAAAUUCUGAAUCUUUUGAAAAUUUGAAUAUAUUACAAAUGUUAUGGAGCUGCAGUCUGAUUUAUGGUGGAGGAGUCUGCUAUUUUGCAGUUUUGGUUAAGGCACUGAUUUUACUUUCUUGCUAAAAAAUUUUUUAAUUGGAAAGUCAGAUAUACAGAGGAGAAGAGACAGAAAGGAAGAUCUUCCAUCUUGUGAUGACUCCCCAAGUGGCCACAAUGGCCGGAGCUGCGCCUGUCUGAAACCAAGAGCCCGGAGCUUCUUCUGGGUCUCCCAUGUGGGUGCAGGGUCCCAAGGUUUUGGUCCGUCCUUGACUGCUUUCCCAGGCCACAGGCAGGAGCUGGAUGGGAAGCAGGGCUGCAAGGAUUAGAACUGGCUCCCAUAUGGGACCCUUGCAUAUACAAGGCUGAGGACUUUCGCCGCUAGGCUACCGCACUGGGCCCUCUUGCUAAAUUUUGAAAGCAUCUGUGAUAGACAUAAUCUUCCUGUAGAAGAUGUGAAAGAAAAGCACACAACAGGGCUAGAGUUGUUUUUGUUAUAUUAAAUGGACUUCUGUUCGUAAGCAAUAUGUAAUCAGUAAGUCUUGAAGAAGAACUGUGAGAUCUGAGAAACUGAUGGAAACUUGCCUGGUACAAGCAAAUUCGGGCGCCACAGGGAUGUGUUCAGGGACAGUGUUUGCAUUGUCCACCUCUUUUUGACUCUUUUUACAAUAAAAGUUAUUUUACAAACUUA